AUGUCAGACGCCGACGGGUUCGAAGUUGUCCAGCACGAAGAGUCCGUUCUCUCCGGCGAGGAGACAGCGGGGACGGCAGGCACUGGGUCUUCGCCCAAAUCUACCAAGUCUCCUACUAAUGGGUCUGGCGCAAAGCGACCGGCCGGCGCUGCCGCGGCUACUCGCCGGCCGGGGACUGCGACCGGGAACGCCCCCAAAGCUGCGACAAGUUCGACUGCUCGCGCAACAAGUGGCUUGAGCAAGCCUCCGACGCGCCCCCCGGCCGGAGCUGCUGUCAAGAAGCCGGCCGUCAUCCCGUCGUCUCAUCGGCCCCAGCCGUCCGUCUCGGAAGACGAGAAGAAGCGAUCCACGAUGACAUCUGCCGCGCGUCGGACUUCCACCGUCCCGAGUGGCUUGACGUCGUCCCCUUCGAAGACCGCAACAAAACCUAGCACGCCGGCCUCCGCAAGCGCUUCGGGCGCUACGGCCGCCAGAAAGACCCCCACUGCCGCGGUCUCUCCGAGGACAAGUGGCCAGAUCAAACCUCCAAGCUCGACGAGCGCCGCGAAAGACGCGCCGCGGACUUCUACUGCUACCCGACCAGGAUCUAUCGGCACCGUCGCCGACGCUAGGAAGCGGCUAUCUAGCGUUGCUGGCUCUUCUGUGACUACAACAGCAGCGGCUGCCAGGCAUGCGCCCCGCCCAUCUACCUCCUCUUCGAUUUCCGCUACGGCGGCGAAGGAUAUCGAAGACCUCAAGGCAAAGCUUGCUGAGAAGGAGUCCGAGGUCGAAUCGCUGAAGGAGCAGGUUGCCUCGUCCGCAGCCAAGGUCGCCGAGCUUGAAGAGAAGAUAAAGACCGAGGUAGACGGCAUCGAAGGCGCCGAGGAUGCCGUACGGAAGGGACACGAAGAGCUAUUAGAGUCCUUGAAGUCUGCCCAUUUGUCCGAAAAGGAGGCGUUAGGCACGCAGAUUUCCGAGGCGCUCGGGAAGCUCAAGGUUGCCGAGGAGCAACUAGAGACUCACAAGGCCCGGCUGACUGAAUUAACCGGCUCUCAAGAAGCUAAAGAUAGCGCGAUCGACGCGUUGCAGAGCAAGCUUGACUCCCUGCAGCUCGACAAGGAUGCUGGCGCAAAGGAUAGCGAGACCGCCCUGAGCAAGGCUGCCGAGGAGCAUGCCACUAAGCUGGAGGAGCUCCAAAAGUCCCUAAAAGAGCAGCACGAAGCCGCAAUCGAAGUCUUGAAGGCUUCGCACGCCGCAGAGCUCGACCAAAGCAAAACGUCGGCUAGCGAGCACGAGAAGGCCCUGGAAGCACUCAAAGUCGCCAAUGAGUCUCUGCAGAAAACAAUCAAUGACUUGACCUCGUCGGCGGAGAGCGAAGGUGCGGCUAGGGCUUCCAGAAUAACUGCUCUCGAAUCCGAACUUGCGGAACUGAAGGCCGCAGCUGAGCAAGACAAGUCUGCCCUCGCUGCUUCCCAGGCGGAACUAGAGGAGGUCAAGACGAAGCUUGCGGACUCUAUCGCCGCUCUGGGUGCUACCAAGGAAGAGCUCGCCAAGGUCCAAUCUGAGUUUGCCGGCCUACAGGAUGAAUUGGCCCAGGUCAAGGCGGAGGCAUCAUCCAACGCCGGCCUUGCCGGUCAGGUUAAGGACUUGGAGGACAGGAUCGAGAAACUGAAGCAGGAACAUCAACACUCGGAAGAGACUCACGAGAACCAGCUGAAGCUCAUUUCGCAAGACUACGAGACAGAGAUCGAGAGCCUCAAAGGGGACGCGUUCUUCAAACGCAAGUCCCACGUCCUGGAGGAGGAGCACACCGAACUCCAGUCCAAGUAUGACGAACUAUCCUCCACGCACUCAUCGGCGGUUGAAAAACACGCAGCUGCUGUUGCGGCCCUCUCUGCCCAGCAGGAAAAACACCAAAAGGCACUAGACGCAUUACAAGCUAGCCACGCUAUGGAGUUGGAGAGCGCGAAGAGUGGUGCCUCUGCUGACCAUGAAUCGCAUGUAGCCGAGCUGGAGUCUCUCAAGGCCAGUCACGCAAAGCAGAUCCAGAUAUCUAAGGACGAGAGUGAAGCGGCGCUGACAAAGGAGCUUGAAGCCCUCAAGGCUGCUCAAAUUGAAGCGCUCAACACUCACAAGCGAGAUUCGGAUGCCCUGAUCGCCAACCUGAAGGCUAAGCAUGCGCAAGAGCUUUCUGACAAGGAGGCCGAUGGAAACGCUCACCUAGAAUCCCUGAAGGCUGCUGUUGAGGCGGCUCAAGCAGAACUGGACCACGUCAGAGCCAAUCACGCCCAGGAGCUUGCCGCGCGGGAAGCCGACAGUAGUUCUCACAGCGCUCAAUUGGCAGCCUUGAAGGCAACCCUCGAGGAGGCCCACGCCGAACUCGAGAGAUCUAAGGCUGCUUAUGCCCAAGAACUUGCUGCUAAGGAGGUGGAAACAGGCUCUUAUCAGACUCAGCUAGAAGCCCUGAAGGCGGCGGUACAGGAUGCGCAAGCGGAACUCGAAAAGGCAAAGACCGAUCAUGCCAUCGCUUUUGCAACGUUCAAGAAGGAAAAUGACGACGCACACUCAGCUGAGAUCGAGAAGUUGCUGACGGUACAAGCCGAAUCUCUUGAUGCUGUGAAGAGGAACUCCUCGGGCUCCCACAAGGAAGAGAUCGAUGCUCUUGAAGCGAAGCAUGCUCUGACCAUUGAGGAGCUAAAGGAGCAACACGAGGCCAAGCUCUCCGCGGUAAAGGUCGAUGUGGCACAGAACCUAGCCGCUGCCAGCGAGACUGAGAAGGCGUUGAUAGCUGCGAAGGAGGCUUUGGCCAAGGUCGAAGAGCGAGCGUCAAACCUCGAGGCGCAGGUAUCAGAGACCCAAGCGAAGAAUGCCGAGUUGGUCAAGGCCCAGGAGGAAUUCGAAUACCUGCACCAGAAGCUUGCCGAGGCAAAGAUGAACAAUGUAGAGCUUAUGGCUGAGCUCGACGCGUCGAAGAACCAGAGGCCGGACACGUCGGCAGCCGACGCGUUGAAGGCCCAACUCGAGGAGUUGAAAGCGUCCCAUGCUCAAGAGCUAGCAGCUGCUCAAGAAGUGUCAGCGAAAUCUACGAGCAACCUCGAGUCGCUGCAAGAAGCGUUGGAGACGACAAAGGCGGAACUGGGGUCCCUGAAGGCGCAACUAGGUUCAGCUAAGGAAGAUGCCCUCAUCGCCCAAAAGGACCUCGAGGCGCACAAGAACGACACGGAGGCAAAGCUCAAGAACCAGGAGGCCGACUAUAAGGACAUGUACGAGAACUUGACCACCAUAGUAGAGGAGGAGCAGAAGAAGAGGGAGUCGGCCGAGAAGGAAGCGUCGGAUAUCAAGGCGCGAUUCGCCGAGAUGGAGGCUCAGCUCAAGGUCAAGGAUGCAGAGAUUGCCGAGGCUCAGGCCAAGGCGGCACUCGGGCCAAAAUCGGGUCUGUCAGCGAGCAGAUUCGCCAGUGGCAACGAGGGCGCUGCUGAGGCAGAGGCUUCCGCAGUUGGAGGUGAGGACCCCGACUACUCGUCGGCGGCGAUGAGCAUGUUAGCUCAAGCUAAAUUUAGUAUGAACGGACUGAAAGUAAUCGAUGAGGACAUGAAAGAGCGAAACUUACGCAUGCUUAAAUCGGUCACCGACGUAUCUCGCGGCUUGUAG